UCUCCUAAAACAGCAGCUGCGAAGAUCAGAGCCAGCUAGAGAAUAAAGUGGGAAAGAAGCGCCUUGGCCACCUUUUCCCUGGGCAGGACUGCAGUCCCUUGGCCGUCCAGGAAGGGCUACUCAGCCCCUCUUUUCCCCGUCGCCCCCAUUCUCCCGUCCCAUGGCCAUCAGCCCUGCUAUAGGGUAGGGGGCCGCGGUUUGGGUUAGGUUGGGGUCUGUUUUGCUUUGCCUUUUCUUUCUUUGGGCGCCCCCUUCCCUGCCUCCUCUUCGCUUUUCCGCGUUGGCGAUUGCAGGAAAGGACGGCGGGGGUGUCAAACCAGACUGAGAGGAACCAGGGAGCGAAAAGGGGGUGCCUCGGUGGGGAAGGAGAGGAAUCCCAAAGAGCCGGCGAGCAUGACUUCCAAAGACGAGGGCAAAGCUGCCUCCGCCGAGGAACGCCGGAGAAGCCCUCUGGACCACUUGCCACCUCCGGCCAACUCCAACAAGCCCCUGACGCCCUUCAGCAUCGAGGACAUCCUCAACAAGCCCUCGGUGAGGAGAAGCUACACCAUCUGCGGGACUGCCCACCUGCUCUCCGCCGCCGAGAAGCACCCCCCGGCCGCCCUGCCCCUUUCCAGCCGGGCGCUGCUCUCGCAGACCUCGCCUCUCUGCGCCCUCGAGGAGCUGGCCAGCAAGACCUUCAAGGGACUGGAAGUCAGCGUCCUGCAAGCGGCAGAAGGAAGGGAUGGGAUGACUAUUUUUGGCCAGAGGCAGACCCCCAAGAAAAGGAGGAAAUCUAGAACAGCCUUUACAAACCACCAAAUCUACGAGCUGGAGAAGCGCUUUUUGUACCAGAAAUAUUUGUCCCCCGCUGACCGGGACCAGAUAGCCCAGCAGUUGGGUUUGACCAAUGCCCAAGUGAUAACUUGGUUUCAGAAUCGCAGGGCCAAACUCAAGCGGGACCUGGAAGAGAUGAAAGCAGACGUGGAGUCUGCCAAGAAACUGGGACCCAGCAGCCAGGUGGAUCUUUUAGCCAUUGCUGAGCUGGAGACAACCCCCGAAGGGAGAGCCAAGUCCCGCUCCCUUUCUCCUACCCAUCCCAAACAUGGACUGGAAGGCAACGGGCCCCUCCAGCUCUCCCCGGCCUCUCCUCUCACGGACCAGCCGGGCAGCAGCAAGGACUGCUCGGAGGACGAAGACGUGGAAAUUGACGUCGAUGACUGAACGGUGACAGUGGUGAUGGCGGUCCUCCUCC